GGCUACUUGGAGCUUAUGAUGAAGGACCUAGACGCCGUACAGAUCGGGAUACAAAACAACACAUUGCAAGAAAAUAACAAAGGGACAUUGGGAGCCGUACAAACAGCCAUAGCUCCAGUGUACAACUGUUCAAAACUCGACGCUAUAAAAGACAUUUUCCAGGAGCUUGACGUCUUGGAGAGAAUCGAACCUUACUUACAGUCAACUGAUGAGAAGAUAAAAGCAGAAGCGACCUUAAUCAAAUGUUACAUCACAGACGAACAACAAAACGAUUUGUUGACAACAGACGAAACCGUAUUCACGUUUCUCAUUAACGGACUGGAGAAAGCGCUGGAAGCGGAGAAAAGAAGAUUUCGAGGGUUGUCAACAUCUGAACUGGCUGAAGCAUUGGGGGUACUUGCUAGACACGAGAAUGAUAAAGUAGCUUUAGUGCAGCACGGCGCUAUACCACUUCUUGCUACUAUGCUUAUGUCACCUGAUGAAGAAGAUGUAAAACAAUCAGCAAAAACGCUGUGGAAACUUUCCCUUGAUCAAGAAAACAAAGCAAAAAUAAAGGAGGUUGGAAAUUGCAUAGACAUGCUUCAAACACUUUCCCAUCACUCUAGUAAUGAGAUAAAGAACACCGCGUCAAGAGUGUUGUUGGCACUGGAACAGAAUCAGGGACAAGCUGAAGGUGAUCUGCCUAUGCAGGAAGUCCGUCACCAGUUGCCGGAGCGUCCAUUGAAUCCCGGGAAUGGGGUGGGUAAUGGACAAUUUAAUGCCAGUCACAGCGAGGCGACAGCAUCGGACACUGGUAGUGGGUCAGCAGGAAGUUCUGCAGCUUGUGAGAGCGCCACUAAAGAGGAAAACCAAUGGGAUGAGAAGAAGGAAAAAAAUACAGAGUCCACACUUACUGUCAGUGAAAGGGCUGAAAGAGUCACAUUUCUCCGUGCUCUCAGAGCGGAGAACCAGCGUCUGAGAGCACAGAUGACGUGUAAGUUCUGCAACAUCGAGGAAGUCAGCAUGGUAUUUCUACCGUGUGGUCACUUGGUUUCCUGUGCACAGUGUGAGCCUGCUCCUAGACGUUGUCCUGUAUGUGGGACCUUGAUCAGGACCACUGUACUCGCCAAAAUACCUUAA